AUGUCGGUUGUGGAUGGAUUGCCGUUUGCAGAGGAUAAGAAGGAUUACAUCCUCCAGACCCUCGACCCCAUUUUGGAGGAGAUGGUCAGUGACGUCCUCCAGGAGAUGCCAACUAUCCCGAUGGACUUCAUGAUCCAGUGGCUCAACAAGCGAGCAGGAAAGGCCGCAGCAUUCAGCGAGCAUGUCUCUGUGACCCAGAGGAACCAGAUGCUGAAGCAAGAACUGCGUUCCUUGCAGGAAUCUUUACAUGAGGCAAGCACUGCGGCCGUUUCAGCCGUUGAAAAUGUGGAGGAUGAAGAGGAAGAGGAAGACGAUGAAGACGAUGAGCCCCCUGAGGGUUGGCUCAAGUCUGAGGAGAGUCAGUCGAAGACCCGCACGUCGGUGAGUGCUGAAGCAUAUGGAGAGUGGAAUGCCAAGAAAGCUUUCACACCGCCAAAUCAUCCAAAGAGUGACGAUCAAAAGCAGCGCUUGAAGCAGACCCUUAACAAGAGCUUCAUGUUUUCAGCCUUGGAAGAGAAGGACAUGCAGUUGGUCUUGGGUGCCAUGAAGGAGUGCAAGGUUGAGGCUGGAGAGAAAGUCAUCACCGAGGGUGACAAUGGUGACUUCCUUUUCGUGAUCGAGAAGGGUACGUUGAAUUGCAUCAAGUCUGUGAAUGGUGAGGAAAAGGUGGUGAAGACGGUCAACGAGGGCGAUGUGUUUGGAGAGCUUGCACUUCUCUACAACUGCCCUCGUGCAGCUUCGGUUAUGGCUGCGGAUGCCUGCAUCUGCUGGCAGCUGGACCGAGAGUCCUUCAAUCACAUCGUGAAGGAUGCCGCUGUGGCUCGCCGCACCAAGUAUGACGAGUUCCUGAAGUCAGUGAAUCUGCUGUCCUCUUUGGAGGCCUAUGAGCGCUCUCAGAUUGCAGAUGCUUUGGUGGCAGAGACUUGCAAGAAGGGUGAUACCAUUGUCAAGCAGGAUGAUCCUGGUGACAAAUUCUACAUUGUGGAGGAGGGAAGUCUCUAUGCGCUGAAGAACUUUGGCAGUGAAGAAAAGCGAGUGAUGGAGUACAAGCCUGGAGACUACUUCGGCGAGUUGGCUUUGUUGAAGAAUCAGCCACGGGCUGCCAGUGUAGUGGUGGAGAGUGAGACUGCCAAGGUGCUGUCCAUGUCUCGAGUCUCCUUCAACAAGAUGCUUGGCCCAAAUCAGCUGGAUUUUGGACAUCGAACCCGCAGCAAGGUUGCCAGCACCCCAGCAAUGGCCAUUUUGCCAUUCCUAUUUCGACGCACGCAAGUCACGGUUGCCGAGGACACUCCUUUGGCUCGUUCGUCAACUCCUCAGUCCUUGGCACAUCCAGUACACAUCCUAAGCUGUGGGAACUCUGGGAACACCUUUGUCUCUGCAACCUGCAUGAGAACAGGCUGGACCAGCUUCGUUGAGCAGAUGUCCGAAACAGAUUUGGACGACAUGAAAACAGAUGACCUGCGACAGGAACUUGUUGAGGCUACACGGUUGCUGGCCACCAAAGAGACGCUACAGGGCGAAGCGUUGCACUGGGCGCAAGUGGCCUGCCGUGUGCCAUUGGACUUCAGGUCUAUGGCUGGUAAGGAGCAAUGCCCCAAGGAGGACUAUGCGCAUUUGCUGACAGUUGCUGAGACUCAACAAAUCCUACACCUGCUGAAAGCAACGCCGGAUCAGGAGGCUCGAAUGCUGCCGUUGUUUUUCAAGCGAAACCUGGAGAGUCAGGGAGGAGGCAAAGAUGCUCAUCUCGCAGAUGUGAUUCUCUUCGCCAUGGCUGCAGCAGCAUCUGCCAAGUUGAAGAAACCUUCGCUUUGGCGGGAGUUCUGGCAGCGAUCGUCUGGACAAACCCAGGCCAUGUUGGCCUUCUGCUUCAUUGCAAGGAAGCCUGGCUAUGGCCGUGCUGCCUUUGCAGAAGUUUUAGGAGGUCAGGGACAAGAGAACAUACAGCAGCUGGUGAGUUUGGCUGAUCCUUUGCUUCACCCUUUUCUCAACCGCUGCCUGGAAGUGAUUGAAAAGGCAAACAUUCUGGCAGUGCCUUCGAGUUGGGGAUGGACUGCACUCAGACUGCAUGCUGUUGGGAUUCCAUGGAUCAUUUCCUCCCGAGCUUUUCCUGGCUUAGGAUCAGUUGUGAGUCGUGCUUCCCGCAUUCUGAAGCACUGCAUAGUUAUAUGUCAUAUGUAG